CAAUUAUUUCGGAAUUUUGAUAGCUGAAAUGUUAUUGCAAAUAGACGCAACCAAAAGAAAAGGUGGUGGAUGGAAGAAAAGAUCGAAGAGAGGGACCGAGCUGAUCUGAGGUGAGGGGCAAAGAAGGAGCCAAGCCAACAAAUGAGGCAAAGGUUGCCCUACCUCUCCAUCUCUCUCUCUCUCUCUAUCAUAAGUGCCACCAUGUCCCUGUCCCCUUGUCGUUUUCUUCCUCUUUCCGUCACCAAAGGAGAGAGAGAGAGAGGUCAGUGUACUAGUAGCAGCGAGAUGGGUGUGGAUGGUUGAAAGCAGCAAGCUGCAAGCAGCAGGCAAAGGGCAAAGGCUCCUCCCUCCUCUCUUGUUGUUGCACAUCGAGCUAGCUAGCGGGAGUAGUAGUGUAGCGUGUCUUUGGGACUGUGGUGCAGUAAGCGGGCCACAGUUGGUAUGAACAGUUCCUGUAGCUGUAGCCGUUGUCCAAAUAAAUACAGAUCGCUUGGUCGUCUCACCUCAGCUUGUGGCUGAAAAGACGCACGCACACACUCUCAGCUCUUACUAGAAUCUAAAAACAUCUCAUCCACCAUUUAUCGUCUCUCCCGCUAACUUUGUUAUGCUCGUCAUGUGAGAAAGAGAGAAGCAGCAGCAGCAGCAGCAGCAGCUCGAGCAUUCAGUGUGUGCGUGUGUGUGACUGUACGUCCAUUGACUGGCCUGCUAUCUAUAGCUCCAGCUGCUGCUGCCGGAGUUAGCUGGUAGUGGAAAGUACAAAGAGUGAGCGCGCCACUAUGGACAUGGCGGCCGCCGUCGCCGGCGCUGCUGCUCAAGGCGACCUCGCCGACGUCGUGGCUCGUGCGGGUGCAAUGGCCGCCGCACCGCCUUCAACGACUCCCUCUUUUGCUGCCGCAGCAGAUCACAUGCCGUCGUCUGCUGCAAUGGCGGCCCGACAGAUCAUGGUCGUCCCUUGCGAGGCGGCGGAGCCACGGCCUGUGAUGAGGAGCAUCGCUGCUUGCAGCGACACUUCGAUGCUCGAGGCGCCGUCCAUGGUCGAUCCAUACCUGUCGGCGUCUGCGACGCCGCGCGGUGCGUACUGGCUGCCGCCGCCGCAGCUUGCGGUCCAGAUCUCCCAGCACGCCUGCUAUGGCCGCGACGUGGCGAUGGCUGGUGCUGCCAACGAUGUCGACGGCGAAGAGGCCAUGAGGAUCUCAUCUCCAGCUGCUCAUCAAAUCAUGAAGAGAAAAAAUGAGGUGAAGAAGGUGGUGUGUAUUCCGGCCCUGCCUCCGACGAGCAGCCGGCCAGGAGGAGGAGAGGUGAUUCCGUCUGAUCUUUGGGCGUGGAGGAAAUACGGCCAGAAACCCAUCAAGGGCUCGCCUUACCCAAGAGGUUACUACAGGUGCAGCAGCUCCAAGGGAUGUAUGGCGAGGAAGCAAGUAGAGCGCAGCCGCAGUGACCCAAACAUGCUAGUGAUCACCUACACGGCAGAGCACAACCACCCUUGGCCAAUGCAACGCAAUGUACUCGCUGGAUACUCCCGCCCUCAUACUACUAACACGUCGUCGUCGUCGUCGUCCAGCAGCUGCAAGAAGAAAAACAGCUGCAGGGUUGAUCCGACGACUUCAUCAUCAUCGACAUCGUCAAAGAACGCCGCCGCCAACUAUUACUCCGACGAGCAUAACGCGGUUGCCGCCGGUGGCAACCUCGAGUGCCAGCAGACGACGAUGACAGACAUGAUGGAAGAAGGUAAUGCAGCAGCAGCAGCAGCAGCAGCAGGGUCGCAUCAUGUUGCCUACUACACCAUCGCCGGCGCUCUUGAUGAGGAGGAGGCUGUUGCGAUGCAUCAUCAGCCAAUCCAAACUGCGGCAGAUGAGGUUUUUGUUGAGCUAGAAGAGUUGGAGCCUAGCAGCAGCAGUAAUCCUGCCGUGAAUGCAAACAUCUACUGCUCUUCUAGUAGGGGGGUAAGUAGUUAUGAUCAGUGGCACAAGUUCUGAUGGAUGGAUCGAUCAAGCACACAGGCCCAAUGCAAGAGGAACGAAUUGGCUACAACAUAUAGUAUAUAUGUUUGAUGAAAAUUAAAUAGGUUAUUACACAAGCUAAGUAUGCGCAUGGUUUACUUAAUUUAUUCUUUUGUGCUUGCUUUAAUUAUUCAAAGCUAAGAUAUACAUUUACAAACUAAAAUUAUAAGAUAAAUAUGUGUUCAGAUUUCCCCAGUAAAUUGCAUGGAUAAUCUUUUAUA